UCAAGUUUAGACAACRACUUCUUCAGGCUAAACAUGCCAUAAAUAUUACGAUCCUGAUAUAUAUAGCAUGCAACAAUGGCUGCAAAACUGUUAUCUUCUCUUGUUCAAACUAAAUCGAUUGAACUUGUCAUGGCGCCACUUGCAGCUCAGGUGUCACAGCUUAUCAUUCUAAAUGAAGCAGGAGAAAAAGAAGGCAUCCCAAUGCCGAUGCUAGUAUCACAUGCAGAAAAGAUCACRUCAGCAAUCCAUGACCUUGUGAUUGCUGCACAGACSUUAGUUAAUGAAAGCAACAAUGAGGUGUUUAAGAGUGAGAUGCCUGAAGCAUGUGCAUUAGUGACAGCUGCUGGCAAUAGCCUUCAUGACGCAACAAACAAGCUGCUUCAGCACCCUUUCUCAAGAGAAGUACGCUAUGCAUUGGUAGACUCAGCUAGAAACAUCUUAGAAACCACCAUGAAGGUACUUCUAGUUUAUGACAAGGCUGAGGUUCAAAAAAUAGUCUGUGCAACUUGUUGGGUGAUUGAUAGACUGGGGCUGACUGAAGCUGUCACCUCGAUGGAUGGWUUUCUUGUCAGCUUUAGGGGUUUCUCAGAAUCAUUGGUUCUUCUUGUAAGUCUCUGUAACAAGCGGCAAAGGGAGCUCAGUAACUCCAAUCAAAGGUCAAGAUUGCUGUCAGCAAUGGCAAUACUAAGACAAGCAGUUGGUGUGCUAUCAUCAACUAUGCAGGUGUAUUUCAGCAAUCCCUCCCUGACCAGUGCCAAGGUCAACCGUGACUAUGUUAUUGGUCAAAUCAAGUUUGCCUGCAAAGAAAUAAUAAAGAUAGUUGAGAACAGACAUGAUGAAGACAACUCUGAACUGCCAUCCUUGUCAUCCAA